AUGACGCUAACGGCCCAAUCGAAUCGUAAUCGCCACGCCGUUCCCCCACUCCCUGAAGCUGAUUCUAUCCAGAUCCGUCGAUCCGAGGCAGAGAUAUCCCAACUCGAACGGGCAAAUCUCGAACUCACCGUCGCCUUACACAGAGCACAGAGAGAACUACAGGAAAGGUCAACAGCCAACACAGCGUCUCUCUACCACGCCACGUAUUCACCAGCGGCAACAAACCUUCAGGAAGAGUGGAUUCAGUUGGGUCGGACGCAGCAAGCUAUUCCUUACCUCCAACGGCAGAUCGAGUCGGGAUUGCCACCACAUCAUAAGCAACCUAACCGAGACUACUCUGACUGUGGACGAGACUACGCCGGCAAAGCCGACCUCACGUUGUCGUUGACGCCUCGAAGCAAGAGACGGAAAUUGGAGUCGCUUGCAGUCUCGAGUGUGAUCCCUCGAGACUUGGCUAUGAUCAAGUUGGAGCACAUUCGUGCCAUCUAUCAGAACGCUCUCGUCGAGGUGAUACGGUCGCAUCAGUCUACAGCCGAACUCUACAAGGAGAAUCUCAGGAUCUUGAGCGGGGAUCGAGAAUGCUCCAGCAGCAAUAUUCACGCCAGCAUCAGCGGAAGGGGUCACGUCAGUCAGUCCGAUCAGAGACUUGAUCAGUCUCUGGAUUCAUCUCAUUACUUCUCAGAGGCGAUGUUGCUCCCACCAGAGCGCUCGGCUCAGUCGUCCACUGAACUAGUUGUGACACCACCAAAUCUCAAGCGAGCACGAGCGUGGCAGACGCCUUCCCCCUUGCCAUUUUUCAACAUGGAUACAGUAACUGGUGAGGCUGAUAGUGACCUCACCAACCCAAUGCUGGAUCCCUCUCGACCACUUCUUGCCGAACCAGCGCAAGUUAGACGUGGACGAACAUUCACGUCAAGUUCGACCAGGUCGGUUGCAGAGGGAGUUUCCAAGGUCAGGGCAAGCGCUUUGUCUAUUAUAUCCGAGCAGGUUGAACACACUAUUCACGACCUCGCGGACACCAUCAUCUCGGAGCCACCAGGAUCGGUAUCAUCUCUCGAUAUACCCCCGCUGGCGCCAAGGCAAUCAAUUAAUCCUCAAGACUUGAUUGUCGGUAACCAGAAACCUCAGCCAAAUCAAACGACACCCAGGACACCGAAAAGACAGUUAAUGGCAAGUCCCUAUCGCCGUGAGGAAGCUUCGUCCGCUGCCAAGGUGUCACCUUCUGCUGCGACGAGAAGGGAUCGUUACGUGCGGGAUCUCGCCAAGGCCAAGGCUCUGUCCAAGAAACUUGUUGCAAUGUUCAGAAACAAGAGUACAGUUGCCAAAGCAAGCGCUUCCUCAGAGACAUCACUUGCGGUCAAGAGCGAGGAUACAACCGCAACGGCUGAGCUUGGCGUCGACAACUACACCAACAAGAGGCCAAGCAGUACAGAGACGGAUUCUAUCACCUCAACGAUGGCGACACCGCCGACAAAUACAAAAGCUGCUGCUGCUUUAAGAAAGAGUGCCACCCUCUCGCCCUCACACAUCCCUCGCGCCAUCAAGCAGCAGUGUCGUUCAGGAAGCACUAGAUCGUUAGCCAGUCAUCGGUCUGGUAUUCACCCCGACAAACUCAAGUCCCUCACUGCGGGUCAGCUCCUCCGCCUGAUGAACAGGACUCUCUUGGGGUCUUCACGGCUUCCUGUUCUGCCAAAAGCAAUUGUCCAAAAAGGAGUGUCGUCGAAUGUUCACCUUGCGCCACUGAGGUCUGCAGCUAAAGGACCAACGUCCACAGUUUCCGCUGUCACCAUCGAGCACUCGACUUCGACCUCGGCUCCAAACGUGGCCUCGCCUUCAUCAGAAGCACCCCCACCUUCGACAGUUGCGACAGGGACGAUUGCCGAAGCAGCAGAAAACCAGGACAUUCCUCCUCCGGUGACAACAGUAACAAAGGCAAAGACGACCACUAAACCUUCGGCUGCAGUCGCUGUCAAGUCUCGGCGAGUGACCAGGUCCGUUCUUUCUAACAAGUUUCGACGCGUAACCCGCUCUACAGCCGCGGCUGCCUCACAGAUGUUGUGA